CUCAUUCGUAAUCAUUAUUUCCAUUCAUUCAUAUCCGAAACGUCAUACUGAACCAAACCAAACUUAACUUGUCAAAAUUACUAACAACACGAAACCGGAUAAAUUCAAAAAUGUGAAAGUAAAUAAUAAAUAGAAAAUGUACACUACGUACGCCUUAUAUAGAACUGUGAUAUUUAUUUAAUAAUGCAACAUAUCUUAAAAAAAUGACAAGCAAAUUGAAUUCGGUCGAGUUAUACUUUUACUUCAGUUUAUGGAUUUUUGCUAAUUUAUUUUCUUUGUUUAAGUUAUUUCAGGUUCAGAGUGAAUUGUUUGGUAAUAAUGAAAAACCUAAAUGGCCAGAUCUGGUGGAUGGCUGGAGCUUUCUGUCCAGGCACAGAGAUGUUUCAGACCUUGAGUGGAGUUGUUGGAAAUAUUUCUUUCAAAGAUCUUGGUACUACCUGAUAUUUCAAUUUGUCAUAUCUGAAAUGGUCCGCACAUUUAACAUGAAAUAUUUAAAAUAUUGGUAUAUAUUAUCAAGUAUUAUUUACAUGCUAGCCUAUACGGGCAUUAAACAAAUGACCCUUGUUGUUUUUCAACCGAUAAUAUAUCUAGCAGUAAUCUUCUAUGGAGGUGGAAAAACCAUUCUAUGGACGCUUAGUAUUGGUUUACUAUUUUGCUUUAAUGUUAUGAAAUACAAAAACUUCUUUUGGGAUAUUUUUGAUGCCGAACAUUUUUAUGAUGAAGAGAUAUAUUUGACGCUAGUAUGUACGUCAUGGAUUGAACUGAGAUGCAUCAGUUUCUGCAUUGACUACAUAGACAUGAAACAUAAACUGAAUGUCACUAAAAUUGAUGUUGUGACCAACAUGUUAAGUUACAUAUUUUACUUGCCCCUUAUGCAUACUGGACCUAUAGUGCUAUAUGAAAAUUUUGAAAAAAGCUUACAUGUUAAGAGCAAUGAUAUAACAAAGAGAAUGAAGAGAUUCAUAUGGGACAUGAUUCUAUUUUCAAUAUAUACUUUUCUACUGGAUCUAGCUUUCCAUUAUAUUUAUUUUUAUGCUAUGCAGAAUGAAAUAGAGGCAAUCACAGACCUCCCGACCAUGGCUCUAUGUGGCGGAGGGCUAUGGAUGGGUUUGGAGUUCCACAUGAAAUACGUCAUAUUCUACGGCACUACAUCGGCAUUCGCGCGGCUAGACAAUAUAGAAGCCCCGCCGAACCCAAGAUGUAUAGCCAGGGUACAUGUGUAUUCACACAUGUGGAGAUAUUUUGAUGUUGGACUGUACAAAUUUUUGAUAAAAUACAUCUACAAACCCAGCCUCAGCGCAAUUCCAAGAUAUAUAAAUUUACCGGUGACAAUUCUCAAAUUGACUGCAUCAUUUUUUACGUUUAUAUUUAUCUUUUUCUGGCACGGCACUGUCUGGGACAUAUUUGUUUGGUCGGCACUUAAUUUUAUAGGCAUUACAUUAGAACAACUGGGUAAAUCUGCUGCAACCACUGAAACAUAUAAAUGGUUCAAGAAAGAAGUGUUACGAACAAAUGAAAUGGAGAUACGAUUUUUAGCUAUGGCCUGCACUCCUCUAUUGAUAAUGUCGGCUAUAUCGAACUUUUACUUAUUUGCGGGUAGUAAGGUAGCCAAUAUAUUUUUUGCAUGUUUCCUUCAACCUUCUCCGUGGAACUCUGUCAUAGUAACUUUAGCGAUGUACAGUUGCUGUCACGUUUCUAUAGCCCUUCAAAACGUCCCUUCCAGAACAUAUAUUGAUUACGAAAACUCGAAUUUGAAGCCCGCAAAAUUAUCCAAAAAAUGUAAUGAGUAA